AUGGCAACCCCUGGGAGUAGCUCUCAAGUGCAAGCCUCUCAUGUAUCCGGUUCUCUUGUUCCUGCAUGUGGUACUGGAUCUAGUGAUGAAGACAUUAAUGUUGUGGACGUAUCGGAGGACGAAGAAGUUGCUACUGCUGCUAGCUCAAAGAGGAAGCUCACCUCAGCUGUUUGGAACGACUUCGAGAAAAGUUGGGAUCUUGAUCGGAGGGUAUCCAUUGUGACCCUUGACAAUUGUAGUACCAAUGACAACAUGAUUGGCCUAAUGGAGACAAGGCUUGGGGCAGCUAAUAUGCUAUUGAAAGGAAAGUGGCUGCAUAUGCGGUGCUGCGCACACAUCCUAAACCUCAUCGUCAAAGAUGGCAUGGAAGUCAUUGGAACUGCCGUUGCACACAUUCGAGAGAGUGUUGCCUAUUGGAUUGCUACACCAAAGAGGAAGGUUUUUGAACAUUUGGGUGAACUUGAUAGGAACUUUGUUUGCCCUCCAGAAAAUGAUUGGAUAUUUGCUACUACCAUUUUAUGUGAGAUUAAACUUAAAAUCAAUUCUUGGGGUCAUGAUGAAGAUGAAACUAUUAGGAAAAUGUCUGAUGCCAUGAUAGAAAAGUAUGAUAAGUAUUGGGCUGACAUCCACAGUCUUAUGGCUGUUACUGUUAUUCUUGAUCCACGUCUUAAGAUGACAAUGUUGCAUGCUUGCUACAUUGCUCUUUUUGGUGAAGAUGCAGCUGAAAAAUAUGUUACAGAGGCUCAUCAAUUGCUAACUGAUUUGAUGAAACAUUACCAAGUGAAAAACCAAGAGUUUGUAAGUACAUCAUCUAGUGGUGCUUCUUCUUCAGUUGGUGCAGCUGCUGUGUUGUCAAUUUUUAAAACCCUUGCUGCAAAUAAGAAGACUACUAGCUUUGUUAGAAGUAAGAAUGAGCUAGAUCGCUAUUUGGAUGACGAAACUCUUCCUCAUGAUGAGAAUGAUUAUUUUGAUGUCUUUGGUUGGUGGAAGUUGGAGGGAACUCGAUAUCCCACUUUGAGACUUAUUGCUCGUGACAUAUUGGCUAUUCCAAUCACCACAGUUGCUUCUGAAUCAGCCUUUAGCACUAGUGAGAGGAUUUUAAGUGAGCAUCGCAGCCGUCUUACUCCUAGAAUGUUGGAAGCUUUGAUGUGCAGCCAAAGUUGGCUUCGUCACACUCUCAAAGACGAAGGUGAUAGAAAGUUCAAUAGCUUCUGGUCAUGCCUUGAAGAUAUUGAAGAAGAAAUGAAGGAAGAAUCAUGCAUCACUACCAUUGACUCUGAUUAG